AAAAAAGAUUAAAACUGAAUGUUUAACCUGUUAACCCAAAAAAGGACCAGGUUAAAAAUAACUAACUAAAUAAAUAAAUAAACAUACCUUCAGGUCCUGUUUUUUUAUGCUAAGAUAAAAGAAAAAGCAUUCAUGUGUCGUCUAUCCACCAGUAUGUUUGUGUUUUAUAAGUUGAUAAAUGACCGAAAUAAACAAAACUAAAAUAAAGUAAAAAUAAAUAGAAUAAAAUAAACUAACGUACUGCAUCCACUGCUCUGAUUCUUUAAAGUACGGCAGCCUUUAAUCUCAUGUUUGUUCCUCUGUAAAUGUCUUUAUCUUCAUUCAUGCAUUCAUUCAUUCAUUUAAAAGGACAUUAAUCAACAUCUCUGUAAACAUGCCAGUGUUAGCCAUUAGGCUAAUUUAAAACUGCAGUGCUUUGGCAAGGUGUUUCGUUGACCAUUGUUCUCUUGAAUCUUUGUAACGGCAGUGUGUGUUUGUGAGUGUGUAACUGUGGGUGUGUAUUUUGUGUAGCGGUCACAGUGUGGAUUCAGACGGGUGAGAAUCAGCUGGAUGCAGAAACGUGUUCUUUAUCGUCUGUUCACAGAUAAUCAAAUGUCUUUAUGGCUGAAGAUUUAAGUACAAGGAUUCCUUAUCAGGAUGUUGCCCUUCAAAUUAAAAGCACAGACAGAUCAAAGAUGAGUUGACCUUCACAGUAAGAUGCUGCGUCAGCUGAGGACUUCCUGUUCGCUGACUCAACGUUCACGCCGUGAUGUUUUAAGAUGCUCGGAGAAAGCAACAACAACACUCCCCUUUUACUGUGAAAAGCAGAGCAAAGUCCACGGCACAGCACAGCGCUUACAUAAUCCACUCAGUGUGUGUCACACCUGUUCUGUAACAUGGACAUCAUCGCGUAGAGCGACGCCAGCCACAUAAUCUCAGCUGCUGUCAGCGUGUGUGUUCAGUCUCUGCAGAGGUGCACUCUGGGAAACAUACGCCAGAAACAUGCAGCCAAUUUUUGGAAAGAAUGGGAUGGAAACUCCGGAGCCGGUGAGAGCUGAAGUGAGAGGCUCCAUCCCGUCGUGGCUGCAGGGAACUCUGCUGAGGAACGGGCCCGGCCUUUUCUCUGUGGGAAACACUGAGUACAACCACUGGUUUGAUGGCAUGUCGCUCAUCCACAGCUUCACCUUCUGCAACGGCGAGGUGACUUACAGGAGCAAGUUUCUGAAGAGUGACACCUACAAAAGGAACAUCAAGGCCGAAAGAAUUGUCGUCUCCGAAUUUGGAACUAUGAUCUACCCAGAUCCCUGCAAAAACAUCUUCUCCAGGGCAUUGACACACCUCAGCAACAUCAUCCCUGACUUCACCGACAACAACUUGAUCAACAUCAUUCGCUAUGGCCAGGACUACUACGCCUCCUCCGAGGUCAACUACAUAAACCAGAUCAAUCCAGCAACCCUGGAGACCACCGGCAGGAUCAACUACAGGAGCCACAUCGCUCUGAACCUGGCAACAGCUCAUCCUCACUAUGACAACGAGGGCAACACCUACAACAUGGGCACCGCCAUCAUGGGCUUCGGCCUGCCAAAAUACGUCAUCUUCAAAGUCCCUGCUGAUGCUUCAGAUAAAAAGCACAAGAAGCCGGCGCUGAGGAAGGUCCAGCAGGUGUGUUCGAUCCCGAUGCGUUCCACUUUGUUCCCGAGUUACUUCCACAGCUUCGGCAUGACGGAGAACUACGUUGUGUUCGUGGAGCAGCCCUUCAAACUGGACAUCGUCAAAUUGGCCACCGCCUACUUCAGAGGGGUCAACUGGGGGAGCUGCCUCAAAUUCGACAAGGACGACAUUACCUUGUUUCACGUCAUUAACAGGAAGACAGGCAAAGCCGUGUCCACCCGUUUCUACGGUGACGCCCUGGUGGUUUUCCACCACAUCAACGCAUACGAGGCCAACGGCCACGUGGUGUUCGACCUGAUCGCCUACAAGAACAGCAACCUGUACGACAUGUUCUACAUCCAGAACAUGAGGCAAGAGACCAGCAGCUUCAUCGAGUCCAACAAGAACUUCUCGCCACCGGUCUGCCAGAGGUUCGUCCUGCCGCUCGACGUCAAUGAGGAGUCUCCCAGAGGAUCUAACUUGGUGACUCUGGAGGACACGACGGCACAGGCAGUGAUGCAGGAGGAUGGCUCUGUCCACUGUCGGCCGGACACCAUGUUUGAAGGUCUGGAGCUGCCGCAGAUCAACUAUAACUUAAACGCUAAGAAGUACAGAUACUUCUAUGGCUCCAGGGUCGAGUGGUCACCUCAUCCCAACAAGAUUGCCAAGUUUGACAUCGUCACCAGGAAACACACCGAGUGGUACCAGGAGAACUGCUACCCGUCAGAGCCGGUGUUUGUUGCAUCACCAGGAGCGGUGGAGGAAGACGAUGGGGUCAUCUUAUCGUCCAUCGUCUCUCCGGAUCCAAACAUGUCUCCGUUCAUGCUCGUCCUCGACGCCAAAACCAUGGAGGAGAUCGCCCGAGCAUCCAUUCCUGCCAAUGUCCACCUGGAUCUUCACGGACACUUCAUCCCCGCCACUGUCUGAUGGCCAAACACACGGACUGGUUUCAUUAUUUGUUAUUGUGUAUAAAGUCUGUAACAUGUUGAGGAUGUGUUUGAGCAGGAGGCGUGUUCGGGACUACGACAGAGCGUCAGGCUCAAAUUUCAUUUGUCACUAAAAUCUGACGUCAGUGGGACCAUCAGCAACCUACGAUGUUCCAUCAGUGUUUCCUGUUUAAACUUUGUCAUAGUCAGCAUAAAUUAACUUAUGGCCAAAUACAUGUUUUGUGAGGUCACAGUGACCUUUAUUAUAUUUUAUAUGGACCUAUUUUUGAGUCUGAAAUAAAGAUUGAUUGAUAAGUCCAAGUGGAUGUUUGUGCCAAAUUUUAGGAAACUCCCUCGAGGCCUUCUUGAGAUAUUAUGUUUACAAAACAAGACCAAUGCAAGGUCACAGUGACCUUGACUUUUGACCACCAAAUUCAUAUCAGUUCAUCGUUGAGUCCAAGUGAACGUUUGUGCCAACUUUUAGAAAAACCCCUCGAGGUGUUAUAUUAUUGAGAUAUUGCAUUUUUGUGAAUGAGAUGGACACAAGGUUAGGGUUACCUUGACCUUUGCCCACCAAACUCUAAUCAGUUUAUUGUUAAGUCUAAUUGGACAUUUGUGCCUAAUCUGAAGAAAUCCUCUCCAGGUUGAUGGUGAUGGUGUUUUUUGGCCCAGGUCAGAGUUUUCACUGACUGGCACCACCCAAGGUGGAAAAUUCUAAUUUGGUACCAUGAUAAACUUUUUUUUUUUUUUAUCUCUAGAUGACAUUUUGACAUGAAAACUGUUCCUACGUGGCAACUUAGUCACCGAUAUCAACCUUUGAUGGCACCAACACUCAGAGGUACAGGAUGGCGUUUUAAGUCCUGUGUGUGAUUUAUCCUGGCUGAAAUAUGAGCAGAGAAAUCUCUGCUAGCUGCUAGGCUAAUUUACACAAUGUAAAAUGCCAUAGGCUUGUGCUAAUAACGUUAGCAUGUUGUAUUUGUGGGGAAAAUGUGUCCAGAUAAAGACAAGUGUUUGUCUGUGAAUGCUGCGAGUUAUAGUGAAGCUGAUUUGUGUGUUUAAUGUGUGUUUAGACACACCACCACACAAGUAUAAAUCCUGCUUUUCUCUGGACUCAAAGGGCGCCUCCUAAUUGCACACAGGUUAUAUCUGAUAGUUACAUGUAAAAGAACGUCCUAAAAAACACGUCUUCUCCUUUCUGUGGCGCUGUGACGUAAUGGCCCCAAAUUUUUACCCUUGAAGUGACCUUGAUCCACUGAGUAUAUGAUGGUAAACUUUUAAAAACACCUUAAAUUAUUACCACUGAAUGUUCCCCUUUCACAUCAAAGCUUCAUUAAACCUUUAAACUCUGCGGCACAAACGCUCUUCCACAGCCAACACUGGUGUGCUGGCUUACUGUGAUGUCACUUCCUGGAUUAGCUUCAGAUACUUUAUG